AACAGUACCAGAUCAACCGCCGUUCACGGUCGUCGGAUAGCAGCAGUAGUAGUAGCAGCAGCAGUAGCAACGACAGUAGAAGAAGGUCUCCCAGCAAAGAACCUCCCGUGGCCGCCAACGCGGUCGAGGGAAGUGACAUUAGCUCCGAUUCCGACGUAUCGAUGACUUCAAUCAAUGGGGAAGAAGAUGAACGUGAGAUUCGUGGCACCGAAGAAAGACCUUUGAAACGAACCCACAGCGAGAUGGAACGAGAGGAACAGCCCAGAGCGGAAGCGGCGGACACACCGCUGCCGGAGGUGAUAAAAAUGGAACCGCUCGACAUCAAGGAAGAACCGUUGGAUGCGUGCGAUUACAGCUCCGUGUCGGAGGAGGAAGACUUCGGGCUGGACGACAUUUCCGAGGGCGAGGAACAGUUUACCGCCGAUAUGACCGAUGAUAUUAGCGAGGAAAGGGAUGAGGACGUUAAACCGAACGUGGAAGAGUUAGAGGCUGCUGCUCUGAAAGAGAUUAAUGACGAGGGGAAUCGCACUAACGAUGAACAGGACGGUGGAGGUGGUGGUAGUGGCACAUGCGGUCCCUAUGUAAGCAUACUGCAGGCGUAUCAGUUGAAGGUAGAGGGCACGGAUGAGUUGUCGUCCGAUUUGGAGGCAGGCGAGAUUGAUUGAAAUUACUAUUCUUGUGCGUAAUAGGAAAUAUCCGCAAAUAGCUUUUAAUUAUUAUAAGUAUUUGAGCAACUAAAGAAAUUAUCGAAUUGCUGUACCCAUUGGUCUUGAAUCUAUAAUAGCUGACUGUAUGCCAUAAAAAAGUGUUUUUCAAGUUUCUUUGUCAAUUGCAUAACUUGCAAAAAUAACUUUAAUGCGAAAUAGAUUAAAAAAGGAGAAAAAGUACAAAACUCCGAUUUGAAAAACCCGUUACAUCUUCGCCUUGUUAACACACUGUCCAGCUGCUGCCUUGUCGCCUGGGUACUGGUAGCAGAACUGUCAGUUGAAUAAACGUAAACAAAGCAGCUUUGGCGGCAACCGCAUCCAGCUGUUUCCAGGAACUCCUUUCAGAAUCGUAGCCUUCUACGAUCCCUUGCCAAGCUGCAUGUCCCUCAGACAGCUGCUACAGUGGCUACGCGCACUACCGGGGAUGCCUUUCUACGCCGUUGCCAAAGGACGCCAGGUGGGCAUAUUCUCCACAUGGCCCGAAUGCCAGGCACAGGUAACCGGAUUUACCGGUGCUCGAUUUAAGAAGUUCCCGACCGAAGCAGAAGCAAACGCGUUUAUAGACAACAACCGUGAUGGUGGUGGUGGUGGUGGAGGAAGUGUUCUCACCGGCAAAAAACCAUCGACAGCGUCUAGCUGGAGCGGGAAGCGGAGUGCAUCCACGAGCUCGACUGGCGGAGCACUUCCACCGGCGAACAAGCAGGCGAAGAAAACCAUCCUACUCGACAAAGCUCCUACGGCGGUGGCUAAGAUGGUAAAGUACGGCGAGUACAGCUUCCUGCAGGAUGAGGACGGAUUUGUGCACGUGUACACGGACGGUUCGUGCGAGGGCAAUGGGACGGCCAGGGCCGUUGCCGGGCUGGGCGUGUACUUUGCCGAAGGACAUGCACUAAACACAGCCAAACCGGUCAGUGGCCGGGCGACGAACAACUGUGGCGAAAUACAGGCCGCCUCGCUAGCGAUCCGGCUCGCCCGGCAGCAAGGCAUCCGGCGGUUGGUCGUUAACACGGACUCACAGUUCCUGAUCAACGCCAUCACCAAGUGGCUGCCCGGCUGGAAGCGGCGCAACUGGACGCUGGCCAGCGGUGGGCCGGUGAAAAACCAGACCGAUUUUAUGGAGCUCGAGCGGGAGCUGAGUGCGGGCGAUAUCCAGAUCAAGUGGAACCACGUGGACGCGCACUGUGGCAUUUUGGGCAACGAGCGGGCGGACCAGCUGGCACGCAAGGGUUCCGAGAUGUAUCGGAUGGCAAAGCGACAGGGAUGACUGAAUUGAGUGAUCGUUAAGGAUCGUUCUUAAGAAGUGUUUAGAGCUCACAGCUUCAAAUAUCUGACUGAGGAGUUGAAAGAAGGUGAAAUUGGACAACAAAUCCGUGAUAAUACAGUGAAAAACAAACACUACACACCCAAA